CAUGAUGUACAUACGUAACGAUUUUGAAACUUGGCGUUACUUAACGUCGUUCAAAGGUGGUCUGUCAGUUUAGUAUCUCCAAUUUUGCCAGUUUCAUUAAUAAUUCAGAGUCCGUUUAUAUAAAGCUUAUUUAGUAGUUGAAAGUCAUCGAGUUCUUCGAAGGUGUCAGUGUCCAGACUUUGGAUUCGUAUGAACUGAAGGCAAGAACAUCUGUGCAUUAUAUACACUGCUAAAGUAAUUAGAUAACACUUGAUCUUUAUCAAAAUGAUGAGAAUGAUGCCGAAUUCACUCUGGAUGAAGCACGAAACCACUUCAAUAGGCUUUGGAUCUGUUGCACUAAUGCCCAAAGCCUAAUAAGCGAUUGGAACUAAAUGUACAGAUUGACUCUACAAAGCCAGACAUAAUCACAGUCACAGAAACAUGGCUGGCACGGUCUAUAGAUAGUAUGGAAUUUGAUUGCGAGGGUUUUACGUCAGUAAGGGCUGACCGAAUACAAAAGCAUAGAGGAGGAGGAGUAGCUCUAUUCUUUAGGAAUUCUGUCCCAUAGGCCAUUAUCGACAGUGUGUCCUAUGAGAAUGGGACGUGUGGAUUAGUUAGUUACCGCUUGAAAUGCAAGGGGUGAGAGCUGCUGAUUGGUUUGGUCUAUCUCAUUCCAAGCUGUGAGGUGAAUGAGGUCCUGCUAAGCAGUCUCAAUACUUGGUCACAAAGUGGUCGAUGUCUAAUCCUAGGAAACUUUAAUACAGCUAAGGUAGACUGGGAAAAUUUGCGAAUGGAAUCGUCAGGUGAUUCCUUCGAGCAGGAACUAGUUGAUGCAGUUAUCACGUGCCCUAGUGCAACAUGUGAAAGAAGCGAAUAGGUACGACGUUGACUCUGAAUCAUCCUUAUUAGAUCUUAUAUCGGCUCACUAUGAGGAUGACGUUGCGAACCUCCAUUACAUGCCACCCCUAGGUAAAAUUGAUCACGCUGUUUUAACUUUUGACUUCUAUAUAACUGUCAAUCACGGGCACGCGCUAGCUCAAUCCAGACCUAACGACUGGAAAGCAAAGACACCAGAUAUCAUGCACUCAGCAUCGUUAGUAGAUUGGACAAUAGACCCAGAGUCCUCAAUUGAAACGAGUUGGGACGCAUUUAUACUUAAAAGUUACCGCACCCCACAUCCCUUGGAUUGUACCAAGGGGACCGAGAAGCUCUCCACUAUGGAUCAGUAGGGAGUUCCGCGUCCUUCUCCGUAAGAGAAAAAUGUGGGAUAGAUUUAGGUUACUAGGCACUGAUGAGGUAAAAUAUUAGUAUCGAAAAGCUCGGAAUAACUGAGCCUCGACCCUCCGUAAGUCUAGAAAAUUGUACGAAGAAAAAAUUGUUAAGGAAUCCAUAGAAUGUCCUAAACGCCUGCAUUUCGAUAUAAAUCAAAGGACAAAAGGAAGAGGAAGUAUUUCUGCACUAUGGGGAGACAGUACUGCCGCAUCAUUAGUGGAGGACGACUUUGUGUAUAUACCGUAGAAACACCCUUCCCGUCAGCGCAUACAAAUCCCCCACACAUACGCUGGAUAGCGUGACCAUUAAAGAACUCGAAGCCUUUGGUCUGCUAAAUAAGCUUGACAUAGGUAAAUCCACGGGGCCCGAUUAAUUGUAUCCUAGGCUUUUAAAGGAAUUAUCCAACUUCGUUGCGAACCCUUUAAGUAUAUGCUCUAAUCUAUCGGUGACGCAGGGUCGUUUACUUAAAGACUGGAAGAACGCCAUAGUAAGUCCUGUAUUCGAAACAGGUACGAAACAUGAACCUGAGACUUACCAACCCGUUAGCCUAACUAGUGUGGUUGUUAAAAUCUUAGAAAAAAUUAUUCGGAAGGAGCUGUUUAAGUACCUCGAUGAAAAGCGGAUCCUUUCGGGGAAGCAGCACGUUUUCAGAAUAGGUUAUUCUUGUCUCACUAACUUAUUAGUCACUCGUGAAAGCUGGUCCGCUAUUAAGGACCAAAAGUUACCUGUAGACGUAGCCUACAUAGAUUUCAGCUAAGCUUUUGACAAAGUUCCUCACCAACGGCUAUUAUAUAAGCUAAGAAAUGUCGGAAUUAGAGGCAAUCUUUCGAUGUGGAUAAAAGACUUAGUUGGGCGCCAACAAAGAGUGCGGAUGAACUCCAAGUUAUCUAGCUGGGGAAAUGUGCUUGGUGGAGUGCCCCAGGGUACAGUUUUGGGGCCAAUGCUAUUCCUCUUGUAUGUAAAUGACCUUCCUCAUCUCCCAUCAUCAUCGGUCUUGCUAUAUGCUGAUGAUGUCAAGAUAUAGAGAACGAUAAGAUGUAACGGUGAUUGCUUAGAACUCCAAAAUGACCUGAAGAAAUUAUCUGAAUGGUCUCAAACCUGGCAGUUGCCGAUAAAUACUUCCAAGUGUGUUGUGAUGCAUAUCGGUCAUCAAGGUACAGAUACAUACACGACGAAUAACAAUGAGCUAAUUGUUAUCCAGACACAUAAUGACUUAGGAGUUAUCGUUAGCCAAGACUACUACACACUGCCGUGCAAUGUAUGUAUGACAUGGUGUCGUGGUAUGGAAAAAAUCUGCAAACGGCUGGCUUAUGUUGGUCCUUUACGACUCCCUGGCUGGGGUCCGAGAGAUGGUGCAACACAGUGGCUAGAGACGUUAUCAGAUAUGGCUUAGAAUAGAAGCCAGUGGCGAUCCUGCUGUACUCUUUUACUUUCAUAAAAAGUGGUUGCUUCUUCUUUACCUGGAAGAUCUCUUCUGAUUGUACCUUUUCGUUUUCCCCAUUAUUAUUAUUACGCUACCUUACCUUAUUGUUCGUUAUUGUUUUUUUACACUCCUCACCCUUUUUCCUUCCCUUCAAAUUACCAUUUUUUGUAUGGCGGAUAUAUAUUUGGUGCCCUCUUGUACCAAUAUUUAUGUGUUCAAAUAAAUAAAUACGUGCAAUAGCCGCCACAGGUUUUAGAACCUUAUGGUCAGUACAUAGGACCUUUAGGCAUGUCGGCGCUAAAAGGUUUUUGACUUUGUAUACAGUGUUCGUACGUCCUAAACUUGAGUACUUCAUACAAGCGGUUGGCCCCUGCUUAAAAAAGACAGUAAGACUUUGGAAAAGGUUCAGAGAGCAACAACUAAGCUGAUUCCCGGAAUUGCGAAGCUUCCGCAUGGUGCUCGACUGGUCAAGCUAAACCUAUUACCGUUGUCAUAUCUUAGAACUGAAGGCGACUUGAUUACAGUUUUCAAAUUGCUUAGUAAUAAAUUUGCACCUGAUAUGCCCUCAUUUUUCUUGUCUUCCAAAACAAAGAAUUUACGAGGACACUCCAAAAGAGUUCACAAGACCAGAACAAAUUACUUAUCAGCUAACUAUCGACUUCCCCAUCGAAUCAUCAACGAGUGGAAUUCAUUGCCUCAGUACAUGGUUGAGGCUUCAUCCGUCGACUCUUUCAAAAAAAAGUUGGAUCAACUGAGAGACCACCGUUUCCAGGACUAACACAGGCCAUUAAGCCUCCUGUCCUUUCCAAACAUACUGAAGUAUCUAAACAAAAUCUCAAUCCUUCCCGAAAGAUGGCACCGUCUCAAGCCGGGUUAUUCAUGUCUCAGAAAGGUAUUAGUAGUCCAUGAAAGUCGUGCUCAAAGGGACUUAAGGCUACCUAUAAAUGUAGUUAUCAUUUACACAAUACUGUUAUCUGAGUUAAGCGGUAUCAAGAUUGGAGGUAAAUUAUUUGUGUGGGCAAGGGACUUGCCAGUUGGGCGUCAACUCCAGGUUAUCUAUCUGGUGAACUAUGUCAUUCUUCCCAUUUGUAUAUAACUUUCCUAUUCUAUCAUUGGCUUCGUUUAUGCCAACACUGGCAAGAUGUAGAGAGCGAUGACAAAGGAAGAGCUGCAGAAUGACCUGGAGAGACUACCUGAAUGGUCUAGAAUUCGACAGUUUCCGUUAAUUGCUUUCGAGUGCAUUAGGAUGCACAUUGGUCACCAGAUUACAGAGACACAUAUAAUGAACAACAUUGAGUUACAUUUUGAACCGACACACAUUGACAUAAGAGUUAUCUUCAGCCAAGAUCCGUAAAGCACUGCACACUGCUGUGCAGUAGCUGCUAAGAGUUUCAGAACUAUCUUGUCCAUACAUAGAGUAUUUAACCAUGUAUAUGCUAAGACCUUCUUGACUUUGUAUUCGAUGUUUGUUCGUCCUAAACUCGAGUACUGCGUACAAACAGCCAGCCUCUGCCUGAAAAUGAACUGAGGUGUUGUAAAAGGUUCAAAGAAUGGCCACUGAGUUGACAUUUGGAAUGUUGAGGCUGCCAUAUGACGAGAUACUGGCUAGAAUAGACAUAUUCCCCAUUUUGUAUAAAAGGAGCUGAAUUGAUUCGAUCUCUAUUUCCAAAUUAUUUAACUAUAAAUUCGCCUCUGAUGUACUUUCACUUUUCUUGUCUCCCAAAUUAGACAAUUUAUGAGAAUACUAAAAGCGUUGACAAGCCUAGAACAAACUACUUGUCAGGUGACCAUAGACUUUCCUAUCGAAUCACCAACUAAUGAAACUCGUCAACUCAACACAUAGUUGAAGCUUCAUCUGUUGACGCAUAUAAAAGAGAGUUGGAUUAACUGAGAGACCACUAUCGCCAGGACUAAAACAGCCCACUCGGUCUUCUGUUUUUCCCAAGCUGAAACAGACUUUUGUUACUAAAUAGUACAGAUUUUUUUGUUGCAAUCGGUAUAUCAAUGACAACCGAUCAGUCUUCAUCUCAACCCAUUGGACAGUCAAACAAAAGCCCAGGAGAGCACUCUCAUGGUGGUCUUCCGAUAUCUAGUUCAGCACCUCGUAGUCGUUUACCUGGUCAUAAUCACUCGUCCCAUGAAUCAAUAGAUUCUAUCAAUCCCGAUCAAAUGCUUUAUUAUGGGGCGAAGCAGAUAAUCAGUUUAUUUAUACCAGUGACAGUUUGUAUGUUGUUUGUUGUUGCUGUCGCUUCGACAGUUGACUUUUAUGGACAUACGGAUCAGUAUUUGUUGUAUACACCUUUUCAUACUCCAGAUGCAGAUAUUGGGACACAAACAUGGCAAACAAUAGCUAAUACUUUGAUAUUUAUGAGUGUGGUUGUCGUAAUGACAUGUGUCCUUGUUUUACUGUUCAAGUAUCAGUGUUAUAAGUUUAUUCGGGGUUGGAUAAUUAUGACGACCAUCUUCUUACUUUUCCUGAUAUCCUUCAUGUUUUUUGCUGAAGUUCUUCGAGCUAUGGGUGUAUUUGUUGAUUAUAUUACGGUAGCGUUUGCUUUAUGGAAUUUUGGUGUUGUGGGAAUGAUAGUUAUUCAUUGGCGUGGACCAUUAGUUCUACAACAAGCUUAUUUAAUAUUUAUAUCUGCACAGAUUUCAUUAAUGUUUUUAAAAUAUUUACCCAAAUGGACGUGUUGGCUUGUUUUAGCAGCGUUAAGUGUUUGGGAUAUAGUAGCUGUUUUGUGUCCAAAUGGACCAUUGCGAUUGCUUGUAGAAAUGGCUCAUGAACGACAACAACCUCUUUUCCCUGCCCUUUUAUAUUCAACUACUACAGUUUAUCUUGUCAAAAAACAUGAACCAGUUGAGAAAGUUGAGAAUGAUCAACAAUUUGUUGGAUCCACUAUUACAUGUUCUGUUGAUGCUCUGAAUGAAGCGUCAAAUAUUAAUUGUACUACACAAUCUUGCCCUACUACAUCUGAGUUGGUAGUUUCAGAUAAUGAUAACCAGCCAGUGACAGGGAAUUCAAGAAACAUGUCAAAUAUCCCUAUUAAUACGUCCGGAACUGACGUAAUUGUAGUUGAUACUCCUGAUGACAAUACGAGUAAUAAUGAUGCCAAGAGUAAUAAUGAAACUAUAUCACAGGCACCCCAUGAAACAGAUACACUUGUAGCAGGUCGGCUUAGUCGUUGGCAAGAUCUGCAAGCGGAUUUAAUUGAUCGUGACUCAAAAGGUGUAAAACUUGGUUUAGGCGAUUUUGUAUUUUAUAGUCUAUUGAUUGGUCGUGCAACACUUGAUGGCGAUGCAGUCACUGUAGUCACAUGUUAUGUGGCUAUAUUAGUUGGAAUGUGUAUUACUGUUAUAGUAUUGGGAAUUACACGACAAGCAUUACCAGCUUUACCAAUAUCCAUAACAUGUGGUAUAUUAUUUUAUUUUGUCAGUUCAGCAACAAUAUCACCGUUUCUUGAGGCAACAGCAGCUGAACGUGUGUUCUUCUGAAAUGAUCUAUUAUUAUAAUUAUUAUCGUUAUUAUUAUUAUUAUUGUCACCACAGCUGUUAUUAUGAUUGUUUUUUCUUGUUUUAUACAAUCUUCAAUGUUACCGUUAACUUGGAAUACUCAUUGAUGAUUUAUCAUCUGUCAUUUUUAUAUUUAAUAUUCAACUUUUAAUUGUGAAUUUUAGAUCCAAAAUUAUAAUAAGUUUUCAAAGAAUUUUUAUUCAUUAAUACAAGUAUUUUAAGAUAAAAACAUGUAUUGGCAAUUCUACUAAUAUAUAAUCAAAUUGAAUAA